AUGCUGACGUUAAGAUGUCAUAUUUCAGGAGGGCCCGAGUCCUUCACUGUUUACCACGAGGGAAAGCCAGCUCCGGUCAUCAAGGAUUUCUUUCCCAAAAAACAAGAAGAAGAAGAGAAAAAACCAGAAGAACUAGAACAGCUUACUGAAACUCCUUCAGAAACUGCUCAAGGUCAACCUCCUCCUACCGAAGCCCCACCUGCACAAAAAACAGAAACUCCACUGGCCCCAGCUGUGGACAGCGAGGGAAAUCCUCUUCCUAUGGAACCUCCACCGCCACCUCCUCCGCCUGAUAAGAGAGUCGUAUGGGCCAACAGUGUUCUAGACUCCAUAGACUGGACGAAGUAUCCUGUUGCCGGAGAUCUUAACAUCAAUUAUGAGACUUGGGAAAAGGACUGUGGAAUCGUGCAAUCGGUCUUAAUCUGGUACUGUGCCAAAGGCGAUGAGAUCGAGGACAAGGAUUUUGGAGUACUCAAUUGUGAGCAAUUUCGAGAAAUAUUUGUUGAUACAAAGCUGUGUAUUGAUCAAGCUGGUGAGGAUGUGGUCGAUAGUUGUUUCGAUGACGGUUUAAAAGCUACGAACUGCCCAUCAGCUUAUCAGCUUUCACUUGUGGAGUUUAUUCCCGCACUCAUCCAAUUUGCCUCAUCCUCGUUAUUCGAACCAUUUGUACCAGAGCGCGAUAGACAACAUCUGUCAACAAGGGUCACGCAUCUCAUUCGCAAUUUCUUAGCACGGACCUUGAGCGAGCAAAUCUCAGCGGGGCUUAAAGAACUGCACAAGGCAGCUAAGACUGGGACCGUAUGCAUGGACGUUCUCAAAGAGAACAAAGAGCUGUCUCAAGCAUGCAUAAAGCGUUGCAAGCCCCCGUCUGAUCCCACUAAGAAGAAAAUUAGAGUUCCAUUCCACAUACUCUUACCUUUUUUUCGGAGAUGGCUUGUGCUUGGUGACCACUGGAAACCACAGAGAGCGUCACUGAUACUUAUAUACGCGUUCCAAAGGUCGCAAGGUGUUGGCGAAUUUACUCCCGUUCCUUCUGGCUUCAGCUUUGGACCAAAACAAUUGAGAAGGUUUUUUUUCGGAGCUUCAUAUUUUGCCUUCAUGGAGUCGACGUCUCUCAUCAAAAUCUCCGACCAUGCUUACCUGAGAGACUUCCUGGACAAGGUUUUCAAGAGAUCUGGGGUUGCCAAGCCGCUCUACACUACAUAUGAAGAAAAGAAGGCCUAUCUUCGCUCAAUACUCUUGCACGAGUGAUUGAUUUCAUAUGCUUAACAGUGUAAGAGAGAAGAAUGCGCUUUGUGAUGAUGAAAGAUCUCACUCCUGGAAAUGUAGGAGGUUGGCUA